GUCAUGUUGCGCACCCUAAAGAAAAUGAGGUCAGCUCUACGCGAGGGUACAGUUCUCGACGUCCCCAUUCCACACCAGCCUCCCUUCUUCAGACCCCUCAAUCAGUUCUGGACAGUUCCGGAAAGCUUGCUCAACUCUACUUCUUCACUGGCUACUCCAUCCUUCCUUUUUCCAAGUCAGAUUUUCGCCCCUUUUUUUCCUCUUCUGAGUGGGGUUCUUCCUGUGCUGUGUACCAUUCCUACAAUUGGCUGAAUUUCUGUCAUUUGGCCAUUAUUUUUUCUUUCUGUUUUCUUUUGGCCUGAGAUUUCUUCAUCUCCAUCCGUUUUAACUUUCCCUUUUUCUCCAUUGGUUGUUUUGUGGCUCGUCUCUCUUUUCUUCUCGUUGGCUGUGUUUUCGCUCUUGUCGUCUGUUACCCACACCAUGGCCCGUCCUCUGGCUCUGGAGCCGAUAAGAGGGCAUUUGGGUGUUAAGAGUUCCCUAAAUGGGAGUGCAGACUUUGACAGACUUAGUUUUAUGGGGGAACAGCAUCCUCCACCUCCCCUUCACAGUUACCUGUGGCUAACAAUCCUCACCUGCUUCUGCCCCGCGUACCCAGUCAACAUUGUAGCUCUGGUCUUUUCAGUACUGUCCAGGAAAAGUUAUGAGUUGCAAGACUAUGACGGCUCGCGACGACUGGGUCAGAAAGCUCUCCAAGUGGCCAUCGCCUCCAUCAUCAUCGGCCUCCUCAUCAUCGCCAUAUUUAUCAUCGUUCACUUCACCACGUAUAAAUUUUAGAAGAGUUGCGCAGUAUGCCUUGAGAAAGCGAAACAAAGUAAAUGUCGCUCUCAAAGACAUGGACUAUGGACACCUCUGAAUGGACUAUGACAAGGGUUCUGGGGUGCCGGAUCUCCAUCCUCAAGAACGGGACUCCACCCCAGGUGUGGUGUCCAUCUUUUCUCUCCGUCACACGUCCUCCACACCCAGCCUUCCUACUCUUCUAUCUGGGAGAAGCACUUAAGAAGCAAGACUCUGCUUUUGAAAGACUGUAUGGAACACUGACCUCUGGAUCACAUGAUACCCACAGCACGCACGCACACAGACACACACACAGUUUUGUAUUGCUAUCUUUGUGGGGACCAAAUAUACUGCUCAAAAAAAUAAA